AAAACCGGAAGGAUGGUGCAGUCCUGUUCCGCCUACGGCUGCAAGAACCGAUAUGAUAAGGAUAAGCCCGUUUCUUUCCACAAGUUUCCUCUUACAAGACCCAGUCUUUGUAAAAAAUGGGAGGCAGCUGUCAGAAGAAAAAACUUUAAACCCACCAAGUAUAGCAGUAUUUGUUCAGAACACUUUACUCCAGACUGCUUUAAGAGGGAGUGCAACAACAAGUUGCUGAAAGAGAAUGCAGUGCCCACGAUAUUUCUCUGUACUGAGCCACAUGACAAGAAGGAAGAUCUUCUGGAGCCACAAGAACAGCUUCCCCCGCCUCCUUUAACACCUCCCAUUUCCCAGGUUGAUGCUGCUAUUGGAUUACUAAUGCCUCCCCUUCAGACCCCUGAUAAUCUCUCAGUUUUCUGUGACCACAACUAUACUGUGGAGGAUACAAUGCACCAGAGAAAAAGGAUUCAUCAGCUAGAACAACAAGUUGAAAAACUCCGAAAGAAGCUUAAGACUGCACAGCAGCGAUGCAGAAGACAAGAACGACAACUUGAAAAAUUAAAGGAGGUUGUUCACUUCCAGAAGGAGAAGGACGACAUAUCAGAGAGAGGUUAUGUGAUUCUACCAAAUGACUACUUUGAAAUAGUUGAAGUGCCAGCAUAAAAAAAUGAUAUUUGUAUUGGUUUUUAAUGGGGCAAAACCACAUACCUUCUUCUAGCCUAUAAAGGAGUUUAAUUUGAAAAAAAUAACACUUGAUUACUUGUAUAAAAACAAUUCAGAAUAUUUUUUUAAAAAAAUAAAUUAGAUAUAUACUGUAAAAUUGUAAAUUUUUUGUUUGUAAUUUCAGGGUUUUUACAUUUUAACAAAAUAUCUUAAAAGUUAUAAUCUAACCUCAGAACUCCAAUGUAAGUUGGUUUCAAAUUGAGGAGUUUUGUUUUUUGAGUAUUUAUAGAAAUGCAAAAAUUGAAAGUAAAGUGAAUGAGAACAGUACA